AUGGCUGAAGACAGCACGGUACCACGGUUGCUCACUUUGCCCGCCGAGCUGAUCCAAAAUGUGCUUCGCUUUCUCGAGCCGACGUGCCUGGCAGAUCUGGCGCUGACCUGCCGCUUUCUUCGUAACCAUGCUCUGAGUGAUUCCCUGUGGCAACAGCACGUCAACGACCAGAUUCCGCACCAUUUGACCAGUGCAGCUCCUCUCCCAUCAUUCCGGGAUCUUUACAUUGCUCAUCACCCUUAUUGGUUCCUUUGCCGACACAAAAUCUGGUUCUCGGACAGUGAGCCAAACGGCAAGCUGUUGCUUGCUCGUUAUGACUCGCGCAGAGGAUGUAUCGAAGCAUAUGCCAUAGUUGCCGAGCCGGGCGUCCGCAAGUUUGAGCACUGGGAGCACGAUGAAGAUGUUUUCAUUCACACCUUUAACCCCAAAGUCCAAUUAGACCUCAAUUCACCUGUUUUGAAGCUCGAUCCUGGAAACCCACGCACUCAAGCACGUCUUCCUGACCAAUAUGACGACCAAGGGACCCAGCCUCUUCCCUUGCUGUCCCGUGAGAUCAUGAUGAAUUGCUCUGCUCCACCCGGUCUCUACACAUCAUUCAUGCUUGCACGCGACCUUCCCGAGAUUGCCAUAGGCCCUGGAACAAGAGUCUGGCCGCCAUUGAAAAUUCCCGCUCUAUCACGAACUCGCAACGCUUCUACUCGAUCAUUUCAAGCACUCGCGCAUAGACCCUCAACCCUGGACGAGGUCAGUCAAAACACCUUUCGUUUGCGGAAGUGGGUCGAGUUCUCUGGCCGCCAGGUAUCCACGUUUGGAACUCUGCCGCCAAGUUGCUAUGUUCCUACCAAAGAAAAGCCCUGGCAAGGCAUCUGGUGUGGUGAUUACAGCGGCCAUGGCUGUGAGUUCCUUCUUGUCCUGCAGCCAGAGAAAGGUGAAGAAUUGCCCUUGCCGGAUAAAAUGAACCAUAUGCUGGAAUGGCUGGCUUCUGGUCAGUAUCGACGCUACAGCAAUGGCUCUGAAAGCAGUAACAGCAGCUACGCGAGUGCACAAGAAGACCAGGAGCCGGAGUCCGGCACGUCUCCCGUUAAUGAACUCUUUGUGCCAGCUUCAUCAGGUACCACAGGUGGACAGGAUAUAUACAAUGGACGUAUCGAGGCUAUCAAGCUGACGGGCGAUCCUAACGUGCCACGCGGUGAAUACACCUUCAUUGCUCCUGACAUAAGUGAUGGCGGACUUGUGCGUAUAGCAGAUGAAGCUGCUUUUUGUGGCGCAAGGGUUGUCAGGAGUGCCGGCCACAUUGCUGGAGUAGGUUUUACGGGAGACGAAUAUAUGCCCUCUCAGCUCAUCCUCGUAUCCCCUGACUGCCUAGCUCAGCACUGGAUAGAGUUCGAACAUAUUUCUUACUACCGACGUGUCGAUAUUAACAGUCUUCUGCGGAUAUAG